AUGCCCCGCGAUGGCGACUGCGGGGACGCCACAGCGGAUGGCGAAGGCGAACGGGAGAGGAUGAACCCGUCUAAGCGCAGGAAAUGCGACGUCGUCGAAGCUUCCGGCGUUUCGCUGCGCGAUGCUAAAGCGUCGUCGGCCCCAGCCACGUCGGGUAACACAGCGUCGGCGAAUAACACGCCAACAACUUCGCAGGAUAAGCGGCGGGCGAAGACUCCGCAAACGGAGGAGGAGUACUCAGAUGGUUCCUCUGAUGAAGAACCUGACGAAGCACCUGACGAAGCACCUGGAAAUGACGUGUCGAAAACGCAGAAUGGAGGGAAUCAGGCAGACAGCGCGCCUGGAAAAGCACCUGAAAAGGCACGUGGAAAGACGCCUGAAAAGAACGCCUCGGCGCCGCAGCCCAAGGAUAAGGAUAAGGCGAAGAACAGAGGGUAUCUGGGAGUCAGGCAGAGGGCUUCUGGCCGUUGGAUCGCGGAGAUUAAAGACACGAACCACAAGAUCCGCAAGUGGCUCGGAACGUUCGACACGGCGGAAGAAGCGGCCCGAGCCUACGACGAGGCUGCGCGGCAGAUUCGGGGAGCGACCACCCGAACCAACUUCACCGCGCCGGACUCACCCACUGGAGGAAAAUGCGGCGGCGCGAUUAAGGGCUCCCAAGCGUCGGGAAACAGCAGUCUGCCGCCCAUUCCGUGCUCCGUCGUUACGGACCCGGCAACCUCGAGGAAAACCCUAGACGAUGUCCUUCGGUCGUUACCUCCCCCGCGCAAAGCUGGCUCGCUGCAAAAGUUCCCCCCUGCGCCUCCGCUCCCCCCUUCCGCCGUUGCCGCCGCUCUUUCCGCGACCGGAUCCGCGGGGUCGGCACUAGCCUUCCCCCUGAUACAGCCCCCUACGCGCCAGGGCUCUGCUAGUAUUAUCUCCUCCCCUAGCCCCUUCCCUACUUCGAGCUCUGUGGGAAACGUGGCUUCGGUUAUUCUUAACGGUCCUGUUGCCGCCCUGCUGUCGAGUUUCGAGUCGCAACAGCAGCAGCAACAGCUGCAGCAGCAGUACGAGGCGCUUCAACACGAGCAGGAUCAGCUGCAGGUGCGGAAAGGGCAGCUGCAGCAGCUGAUGCAGCAGCACUCGCAGGGGCAGCUGCAGGGCCAGUCGCAGGCGCAGUCGCAGGGGCAGUCGCAGGGGCAGUCGCAGGGGCCGUCGCAGCAGCAGGGAUCGUUGACUACGGCACUGAGUCCUAGCGACGCUCUGGCAGCAGCAGCAGCCCGGUUUCUCUCCGUGGCCUCUGCGGCCCGAGCUUCCACCCCCCCUCCUGACGCUGAAACUGCUGUUGCCCUCUCUCUCGCCCUUGCCGCCGCCGCUGCUCCCAACACUGCUUUACCAGACGCAACUGCUUCUAAUGCAGCUGCUGGCACCGGCCUCAUUAGAAGCCCGAUUGCUGCGGCUAUAGGGCAGACCAAAGCGUUCGUAAACGCGUUGACCCCCUCACCUCCUCCUUCCAUCCUCACCUCAAGCGUCGCACAAGCAAUGCGGUCCCUUUCCCCAGCACCACCUGGAGCAGCAGCAGCAGCAGCAGCAGCUCCCGCCAGCAAUGCGCUACCUUUCCCCAACAUCACCCUCCCCUCGCCUAGCAAUUUCCGCCGCCCCUCCGUGCUUCCGCUCUUCCCCCACGCCUCGUCUGUGGGCAGCAGCGCGCAUGAGUCCGCCUCUAGCGGCUUCCCCGUCCCCCUUCCGCGCUCCCCAUCCAUCAAAAAGCCCCUGCCCCAGAACCCCCUUCCGCAAAGCAACCUUUCCCAGAACACCCUUCCCCAAAGCAACCUUUCCCAGAACACCCUUCCCCAGAACAAGCUUCCCCAGAACCCCCUGACCCAGCAAUCCAGUGUAGUGUCGGCCCAGGCUGUUGAAUUUGCCGUCGCAGCAGCAGCUGCAGCAGCUAGUGCAGGUGGUGCAGGUUCAACUGGGGUAGGGGCAGUUGGGGUUGGUUCAACCGGUGCAGCUGCUGGUGGGGGAGGCGGUGGACUUGGGCAGUAUCUAGGGCAGCAGCAGCAGCAGCAGCAGCAACAGCAGCAGCCGCAGAAGCAACAGCAGCAGGUAGCGACCAACCCCCUCUUCCCCGUGUUUCCCUCUUCCGGGUCUAUCUCUUCCCCUGCGCGCACCUCAUGGGCGCAAGGGGUGCUCUCGGGGGCGUUGACGGCGCAGCAGCAGGCGCAGAUACAGCAGGAGAUGCAGCGGUUGGAAGCAGGGCACAGGGGGGGUGCAACCGGUGCAGGUAUAUCUGGUGCAGGUGGCGCUGCUGGUACGGGCCCUUCCAGUGCGGUUUCAAACGGUGCUGGUGUUGCCGGUGCUGUUGGUGCUGCUGGUGCUCCUGCUAAUGUCGCCUCAGCUGUUCCAACUGUUGGGACAGGGAUGGCUUUUGGUGGCGUAGCUGGCGCUGGCGGGUCACAUGGUGGGGGUGCUGGUUCAGGUGGUGGGGUUGUUGCGUCAGGUGGUGGGGUGGCGGCCCCAGGUGGUGGAAACAAGAAGACACUGAACGAUGUUGAGCUCUUGCUGCUGCGCGCACUGUUCAAUGCUUCCCAGAUGCCAAACGCUCAGCAGCAGCAGCAGCAGCAGCAGCAGCAGCUACAAGAGCAACAGCAGCAUCAGCAUCAGCAGCAGCAGCAGCAGGCACAGCAGCAGCAGCAGCAGCAGCAGCAGCAGCAGCAGCAGCAGCAGCAGCAGCAGCAGCAGCAGCAGCAGCAGCAGCAGCAGCAGCAGCAGCAGCAGCAGCAGCAGCAGCAGCAGCAGCAGCAGCAGCAGCAGCAGCAGCAGCAGCAGCAGCAGCAGCAGCAGCAGCAACAGCAGCAACAGCAGGCACUACAGCAGCAGCAGCAACAAGAUCAGCGGCAGCGUCUAGCACAGUUGUUGCUGCAGCAGUCAGGGCAAGCGGACAGGCCGACAGGGACAGGUGGGACUGGUGCAGGCGCAUCUGCUAUCAACCCCAGCAGCACGGUUGAUAUCACCAGCACCCGCAAUACGCACACGAGCGGCAGCAACGAGAGCACCGCCCUUCAAUCCAUCUCCAUCCGCGCCCUGGCAGCCGCCAUUGCAGCGUGGGGCAAGCAGUAUGGCGUGAACGGGGAGGUGCAGGUGAAGCUGGGGGAGGGUGGAUCUGGGGCGGGCGGCUCUGUGACCAUCCAUGGGCUGGCUGGCGGGCAGGCAGAGGGCACAGCUACAGGAGGGGCAGGUAAGGCGGGAGCUACGGCUGGGGAAAAGGGGGAUGGAGGAGACAAGGGAGUGGGAGGAGGGGAGGGAGCGGAGGGAGGGAGAGGAGGGGGGAGUGGUGGCGACAAGGGCGGUGGAGGAUGUGGGGAGGGAGGGAAGAAGCCACCAGUGAUUCAGAUUCUGCCUGGGGGGGUGCGUGUGUCUGGGGACGUGUUCCUGGAGUUCUCUAGAAUGGAUUCGGCGGAGCUCUUUGGUGACCUCGCUGCCCUCUCUUCCCUUCCGCCCAAGACCGCUGCCGCUCCUGCUGCUGCUGCCCCUCCUGCCCCUGCUGCCCCUGCCGCUGCUGCCCCUCCUGCCCGUGCCGCCCCUGCUGCUGUUGUCCCUGCCGCCUCUGUAAGACCCCCUACCCCGGCUGCCGCCCCCGCCCCUGCCGCCACUGCUUCUGCAGUCCCUCCCACGUCUGCCUCUGCUCCUCCCGUCGCUAUCUCUGACAUGGCUUCCAUUGCAGCUUCUGCCCCACACGUUGCUACCACAGGGAACCCAGCCCACACUGGCAACCCUGCUAUUUAUAGUAACCCUGCCAUGUGCGGGGUUUCGAGUUCGGCGACUCCAGGUUCGGGGACUCCAGGCCCGGGAACCCCGGGCCUGUCCCGCAGCUUCUCCGACAACCCGCUGCUUCGGUUUGCCCGGCUUGACUCCUCUGACCUGUUUGGCUACUCCCCUAGUGCCAAUAUGGCUAGCCCUGGCGGUUUAGGUUCGGGUGGGGGCAGUGCUGCUGCUGUAGUGGGGGAAACGGCUGAUCUGAAGGGUGAUUCGGCAGCGGCUGUGGCUGCUGCUGGUGCUGCAGAAGCAGCAGAAGCAGACGAAACUGGUCAAUUGGGCGGUGGUGAUAAGGGGUGGCAGGAGACCAUGGGCAAGGGCGAGAAUGCUGGUAAUGGCAACGGCACAGGCACUGGCAACAGCAGCCUGAUGCCUGUGAAAUGGGGCGCGUUCAAGUCCCCUCCUGUGCGACCACCUGCUACCAUGGCAGCUGCAGCAGCGGCGGCAGCAGCAGUGAGGAGUGGGGAUGCAUACGGGCACGCCAGAAGGUCGCCAGGGAGCGGAAACAGAGCUCUCCCUCUUUCUCACUCUCCGUCUCCCUGCAAGUAUCUGGUUGCCAUAUUCACCAUUCAGCCUCCUCAUUGCACCCCUCCCGACCCCAUUCGCCCCCAUCUUCCCUCUUUCUGUCUUCCCACAGCACGCCAGAAGGUCGCCAGGCCAGGGAGCAGGGACAGAGCUCUCCCUCUCUCCUCCUUCCUGCAAGCCAAGACGCACUUUCCUUUCCCCAACCCCAAUCCAUCUCCUUCCACCCUCAUCAUCCUCUCGCCUAGCUCCCGUGAGUCUCUCUCCCCCUUCCUCUCGCCUCCCCCAUCUUUCUUCCUUUGUCUCUCUACUUCCGUCGUUCUCCCUCCCUCCAUCUCUCUCCCCUUUUCUCCAUCUCUUCCCUGCCUCUCCUCCCUUCCUCUCCCCUCAUCCCUUUCCCCUUCCCUCGUUGUCUAUCUCUUGACCUUCCUUUCCUUCCUCCCCCUGUCCUUCCCCUCGUUCCUUGUAUCAUUUUCCCUCGUUGUCUCUCUUUCCUCCCCGGGUUCGCUGGGAGUUGAAGCGAGCAACAGCGUCAGGGGUCGCUGGGAGUUGAAGCGAGCAACAGCGUCGGUGCUGCCGCCAGCCACGGACGCAGCAGACGACUCGCUGCUGGUGAUUGCGCAGGCGGAGAAAGCAGCCAUGGCUGCCGCUUCUGUCGCCCAUAUGCUUGCUGCUCAGGCAUCUGCUGCUCGCGUGUCUGCUGCACCUCCUGCUGCUGCUGCUGCUGCCUCUGCUGUUGCUGAUGCUGCUCGUGGCGGUGGUGAUGGUGAUGAUGGUGAGGAUGAUGAUGGUGGUAGUGAUUCGGAUGGUGGUGAGGGUGGGGAUGAUGCUGCUGCUGCUGCCGGCCCCCGUCACUUUUUCCCCAAGCAGUCAUCUCUGGUAGAUGAUUGGGUCAAUGCCAGCAGCAACCCUCACAGCAACAGUGACGCAGCAGGGACAGCAGCAGAUGCACCUACUGAUGCUGAUGCUGCUGUUCCUGCUGCUGCCGGCGCUCGUCACUUCUUUCCCAAGCAGUCAUCCCUGGACCAUUGGGUCAAUGAAGCAGCAGGGACACCAGGAGGCGCAUCUGAACCAAUGCUACAGACACCACCAGCACAGCCACAAACACAACCACCAGCAGGAACAGCAGCAGCAGCAGAACCCACCCCUCCCUCCUCGCACCCGCCUCCCUCCUCAUUCCCCUUCCGAGUGCCCUCAGGCCCCCUCCCCUUCCCCAUGGGCAGCCCCAGCCUCAAUCUCCAGUUCACCAUGGGCAACGGCAACGUCCCUUUCAACAUAGGCAGUCCGUCAGUCGCCGCGUAUCUCAGCAGCCCUUCCUUUGCCGCCUCCCUCGCCGCCUCCCUCCUGCACAACCCUGCCGACGCCUUCAGCCGCCAGAGCUCCGGGGAGCUCUUCGGCUGGCAGAAUUCGGCAGAUCUGUUCGGGCGGCAGAACUCGGCCGACCUCUUCGGGCGGCAGAACUCGACGGAUCUCUUCGGAGAGUCGCUCACGCCGUCCGCGCUCGCGGCCGCAGCAGCCAGGCUUGCUCGCCUCAGUUCCGCCGAGCUGCUUCAUCUUGCCGACUCGCCUCUCUCCGCCUCGCCUCUCCCCUCCAUUUCCACCACCACCCCACCGGUCUUUGGCAGCGGUUACUCUGGUGGUGGCAGCGAUGGCAGCGAUGGCAUGGGUGCUGCUGGUGCAAUGGCAAUAGCAGCGGCAGCAGCAGCAGGAGCAGCAGCAGCAGGAGGAGGGGCAGGAGUAGUGGGGGUAGCAGGAGUAACGGGGACAGUGGGGGCUUUGUCUGCUGAUGUGAGUGCAACAGCAGCAGCAGGGCUACAUGCCUCGAGGGCGACAACAGUCUAUGGGACUGCAUCACCAGGGGACCAGGGGAAGGCCUAG